AUGUCUGACAAUCCCUCGACCAAAGCCUUUGGUGGUUUGAGUGCUCGUGAGGGAGAAGUCGUCCUUGCGGCUCUUCAGUGUAUCAAAAGUGGUGACAUUCAGAUUGACUAUGCAGCCCUUUGCAUGAAGAUUGGCUCGAAGAACGAGGCUUCGGCUAGAACGUCCUGGUGCCAAGUCAAGAGAAAGCUGUUCAAUGAAGUGAAACCGGGGUCUGCGGAGGAAGCAAGCGCUGCCUCAAAGGCAAAAACACCGCGAAAACCCAAAGCCACAACCACCAGCACUACUCCGAAGUCAGGCAAGGGAGCUUCCAAGACUGAGGCUGACGACAAGGACGGUAAGGAUGGUGACCACGAUUCUGGUGAUGGUGAGAGCAAUGGUUCCGCAGCGCCAGCUGCAGACGGCGAAGUGAAUGGAGCCGAAGAAGCACCAACCACCCCCAAGACGCCUACGACGCCCAAGAAGCGGAGCCGAAAGACCAAGGCCGAAAAGGAAGCUGAGGCCGCCGCCAACGGUGAAGAAGCUGCCGGCGAAGGCGAAGACGAGGAGAAACCGGCAAAGAAGCGUAAAACUCCAGUGAAGAAGAAGGCUGCUGAAGGUGCAAACUCUGGUGAACAUGACGGCGAAACCAAGGCUACCCCUGUCAAGGGAAAGAAAACCGCCACUCCACGCAAGACCGCCGCUGCCGCAACCGACAAAGACUCGACUCCCGCUGGCACUGGCGACGAAGUGCUCAUGAUUGUUGAGGUCGCCAAAGUGAAGAAGGGAGAGGAUCCUGUCGUUGCCGCUGGGACUACCAAUACUCCCAACGGAAGUGUCGGUGAUGCCGUCAACACAGCGGUCGAAGCCAUUGCGGCCAAAACCACAGAGAAUGUCGCCGGUGCGGAGAGUGGCAAUUGA